AUGCAAAUUAUCUGGUAUAUUCACACUGUACGAUUUCUAGCUUUUUUUAUAAGUUUAAUUACAUUUGUGUGCCAUUUAGCACAAUGUAUCUUAUUGAGUAGCUACCAAGAGCAGACAGGAAUUUCAGAUUGGAUCACAGCAGGUCAUUGGCAGUACCUCUUAUGGUUUAUUUCAUUAGGUCUUUCCUUGGCAGGAAGUUUUACUCUAUGUUUAAAUGCGUACUACUACAACAGACCCAAACGAUACCUUUUAGAUAAAUGCAUCGGUUUACUCGCUCUUCUAUUACUGCUCACAUCCAUCAUCAUAAUCGUUUCCAUGGAUUCUUCAGAGCCCUGGACAAAUAAUAAUUCAUCACCAAUAGAAAGAUCUUCUCUCAUGUCUAGCUGUUCUCUUUUCGAUUCAUCCCGUGAUAAAUUCUACCCUUUACUCUAUCAAAGAUGCAUGUUGAGUGAUUCGAUUUGGAUUUUAUCUAUUCUGUUAUGUAUUGUUUGGACGUCGGUUGUACUCUUUGCCAUGAUGGGAUUAUCGCAAAAGAAGAAAGAAACCGCCAAAAACCCAAUCCAACCCGCCCAGGAACCUAACUGGGGUCGGUAUAUCCCUCAUCCACCCGCUUCCAUUUAUUCGGCCACAACAUUAGGCAAUCGAUCUGGACUAUUGACGCCUUCUUUCGUCAAACAAUACAGCUACAAUAACAGGAGUAUGCCGUCUACUAUUCAACAGUACAAGGAAGAGAAGGAAGAAUAUUUUGAUGAUGAUGAAGAUGAGGAUGAUGAAAGUUACAGUGCCAGGGAUUAUUAUCAUUAUUCUCCUCCUUCAAUUUCUUCUUCGACGCGGUAUACACUACCUACAAAACUCACUUUGGACUUUGAACUUGAAUAUACAACACCUACAACACCUUCACCGUCUGACCCAGAUACUAAUGGUUCAAUGACGCCGCUAUAUCAUAGCUUUGCAAGUAAAUCAAAAAAGUAUUAG